GAGGGCCAGUCUUUAAACACAGAGCAACAGCAAAAACAGUGAGGUGCUUCUCAAUCACGAAACAGCAUGUCACCACUUUAGGAUUUCUUCGCUUCUUCUUUUUUUAUUGAAAUAUUACCUUGUGGUUUUACAUAGACGCAGGCUUUACCAUGGAGUUUAGGAAAGUUCAUUUGAAUCUAAAGACGGUACUGCUGACGAUGAUGAUGUUUAAAUGGGGGACCCUCUGUACAGCCACAGCAGACAAAUGUUUGUCUACACCCUGCCAAAAUGGCGCUACCUGUGUGGACACCAUGGAUGAUUAUGCCUGUAUCUGUGCUAGAGAAGGGUUGCGAUACAUGGGCAAAAACUGUGAUGAACUCUAUGAUGCCUGUUCCUUUGCUCCAUGUGAAGACUGCACCAGCAUUCCUGGUACCACAGAAUACCACUGCAUCUGCCCAGAUGGCCUGACAGGUGACAACUGCACAGAGGAGAUGGAUGAGUGUCAGAGCAACCCUUGCUUUGAGCCCCGUAUUCUGUGUGUGGACCAGCUGAAUGGGUACUUUUGCAGGUGUCCUGCUGGGUACGGUGGACAGGACUGCAGGACACAUGUGACAGACUGCAUUGAUCAACCCUGCAGGAACAAUGGGACUUGUGUACUUCUAUCAGAAGGCUUUGAAUGCCACUGUGCACCAGGAUUUGAAGGGAGGACCUGUGAGGAAGAUAUAAAUGAGUGUUCAUCAGAGCCCUGUCAGAAUGGUGCUAUUUGCAUAGAUGGAGUGGGAGAGUUUCAGUGCUUCUGUGUGCCUGGUUUUCAGGGCUACAACUGUGAAAUCGACAUAAAUGAGUGUGCUUCACGACCCUGUGAGAACAAUGCUACCUGCAUCAAUGAGAAGGACCACUAUGAGUGUGAGUGCCUGGUGGGGUUUUCAGGAGUAAACUGUGAAUCUGAAAUUGAUGAGUGCGAUUCCAGCCCCUGCCGCAAUGGAGCCAUUUGCCACGACUUAGUCGGCAUGUACUCCUGUGAGUGUUUGCCCGGGUUCGACGGCAUCAACUGUGAGGUUGAUGUUGAUGAAUGUGCCAGUGAGCCAUGUCAGAAUGGAGCAAUCUGUCAUGACACGGUGAACAGUUAUCAAUGUGACUGCAGUGAUACAGGAUUUGAGGGCGACUAUUGUGAAGUGGACAUUUCCGAAUGUGCCUCUGAUCCCUGCGAGCACGGUGCCACAUGUUUAGAAGGUGUCAAAGAAUAUAACUGUCUCUGCUGGCCAGGUUACGAAGGACCAAACUGUGAGGUUGACAUAGAUGAAUGUGACAUGCAACCCUGUGAGAAUGGUGGGGAGUGUUUUGAGCGUUCAGAUUCAUCUCACUGGGAGCUGGACUGGGAACUCAGUUUUGCAGAUGCAGCUGGAUAUAUUUGCCAGUGUCAGCAAGGAUUUGCAGGAGAGAAUUGCUCUGUCAACAUUGAUGAAUGUGAGUCUGAACCCUGUCAGAAUGGAGGCACUUGUGAAGAUGAGAUAAAUGGCUAUACCUGUACAUGUCCUGUUGGAUUUUUAGGUGAGCUGUGUCAGGUGAACAUUGAUGAGUGUGAGAGUCAGCCUUGCCAGAAUGGUGGCUGGUGUGAAGACGGCAGGGCGUCCUACACCUGCCACUGUCCUGAGGCAGAGCCAGGUGAGAUUCCAUGGGGAGGUUAUCACUGUCAUGUGAAACUGUAUGGCUGCAUAGACCAUGAAUGUCAGAAUGGAGCCACCUGUCAUCCAUGGCUAGAGGAUGGUGAACAUGGCCAUACAUGCUUGUGCCCCCAUGGCUUCUAUGAUGACCAGUGCUCCACAAGAACAACAUUCUCCUUCUCCACUCCUGGAUUCAUUCACAUCCAGGUUGUUCUAGAGGAAAGGACCCGCAGGGAAGUUGAACAUCGUGCUCACAAAGGUUUUGGGGUACAGCUACGCUUCCGGACAACUAUACCCAAUUUGUUACUCUUCUACAGAGGGGACAUGGACAACCAUCUCCUCCUAGAGAUUUUGAAUGGUGGUCUUCACGCAAGAGCCUUUUCUGAGGAGUCUGUAUUUGAUCUAACAUUUUCUGGCUUGGUUAGUGAUGGAGACUGGCGGGAUGCUCAUGUGGUUUUGGAUCACGAAGGUCUGGUCUUGAUUCUGAAAGGUCCUGGAUGUGACAGGGAUGGGAUGCAGAGUCAUAGAUGGUGGUGCAGAUGAGCCAUUUUUCCAGCCUUCUGAAGCCUUCAGUCAUAUUUAUGUAGGUGGAGCACCAGAUAAGUUUUUAGAGUACUCUGUAAGUGGUACAGGGUUCAUUGGAUGUAUGGAAGACCUGAUG